AUGGUUGGUGUUCCUCGUAGCAAGGGCUGCUCUGUCUGUCGAAAUAGACGCAUCAAGUGCGACGAAGCUCGUCCCGAGUGCGGACAAUGUCAGAAAUACGGCUGCCCCUGUCCCGGGUACAAUCGCGGCCUGAAAUUCCAAGACGAAGGACCGAACCUCCAACGCCGUCACCGUCGCUUGUCUGAUCGGAAAUCAUCGAACAAUGAUGUCGAAAAGAAACCGUCAUCUGAUUCCAAUUCGUCCAAUUCCUCGUCAAAAGCCGAUCCCCGCGCAAUGAUGCCCGAAGUCGUAGCGGAAGACGCUCUGCUUUUGAUGCAAACACAUGUCAGCAGUAUUGACGAGAGUCUGUCGCCUUCACUUAUGCAGAAGCUGUUUAUGACGCAGCAGCCGAGACUCUUUAUGGAUUUUACAUGCGCUGCGUUUCCGACUUUGUACUUUCACAAUCGCUUUCGCUCGCAGAUCGCAUUUCCCGAAUACAUCAUGGAGAAUUUCCACUCGAGAGCUUAUCAGGAUUCGGCCGUGUGUUGUCUUAGUGCUGUAUAUCUAGCUUCACUGACAAAGGAUUCCCGCCUUCUCCGAUCAAGUCGGUAUAUGUACGGGGAAGCAUUGCGACGAAUCAAUCGCAUUAUAGAUACGGACGAGGCUCUUUCGGAUAAUGUCCUUAGUACCGUUAUGAUGCUUAUGAUCUACGAAUUAUAUGCUCGUACUACUCCAGAUGCCUGGGUCAAACAUGCCCGUGGCGUCAAGGAGAUGAUGGUGAAGCGCGGUGUCAAGAAACACAUGUCCGGUUUUGGUCGGUCCUGUUAUUAUGCAUUUCGGGGCUUCUUGGUUGCUCACGCCCUUCAUGAGGGGAUACCUUGUUUCUUGGACGACGAAGAAUGGCAAAAUUUCGCCGCACAAGUUCAACAAGAAGACGCAAAGAAACCUGGAGAAUGGUCGGUGUUUGUACACAUAUCCGAGAUGAUCUUCAUGGAACUGGUCAAAUGUCCUCGAUACGUCUACGAUGUGCGGCAACUAUCACCCACAACUCCUCGAAACGUAAUCAUGAAUCUUGUUGCGCGAAUUCGCGCAACAUGCGCUAAUCUUCGAAGUCUUAGCGACGAGCUUCAGGCUUCUAUUAUGUAUCAUUUUCAGAAGAAGCAAGGCAUAGAAGUCAAUGUAAAUGGCUUCGUAGGGCCGGCACCAUCCUUGUUUCCCGAUACCAACCCGACUCUUCUUCUUCAGGGCGCUACUCAUUGCAUCAAUACAUUGGAAAAAGUACUGGGUACGAUCAAGAUUGACAACCUGGCUAUCCAAUUAGCGGUGGGAGCAACUCCGGAAGUGCAAGCACAUACAUCCCCACAGUCACAAUCACAAUCACCGCCACGAUUACCGUCCUCUCCACCGUCCGCUACAUAUUCCCACGAAGUAUCAGGAACAGACUAUCUAUCCCCCACGCCCUCUGCCGACUCAACGUGCGAAACCAUCUCCUCCAACAACUCCAGCCCCCGAGGCCCGGCAGACGAUAUUCCUUCCACCGCCAACCCCAUCAAAACGCAUACCUUUACUCUACCUUUCCGUCUAGUGUCUGAAAUCAGUCGUGGGCCAGUGCACCAUGACAAAUCCAGCGGAGGUCAUCGCUCUGUCGUCUGGUUGGAUCACAUUGCCUGCUCAAUGGGAAUGAUUCGCACAGAUGUCGAAGCGGAGGCAGUCCCCGAGGAGGAAGAAUAUAAUAACAAUACGCGUCUAGAGACUAUUCCUGAGUCGGUGGAAAUAGUGGAAGAUGAGUAAAUAUGCUUUUACCUUUUUGCUAUGACUUUUAUGCGCAUUGCUUUUGCCUGGGGCAUGAUAUACUAUACCACGAGUGUACAGCUGAUUGAUCAGGUUAUGAAUUGUUUUGUGCCGCUUAUGGACCUGACCUUGGAUUGCAUUUUAGCCAUUGUUUGUUUAUAUGAUACCUACGAUAAUAUUUCAACAUAUCCAUUGAUGAAUACUAACGUCCUACUAUGCUUGCUCC